CGCGCCUGUUUCCGCCAGUUCUUCGCCAAGAUCAAGACGGCCGACCAGCGCUACAUGGAGGGGCUGUACGACGAGGUGGAGGCGUUCAAGGAGCGCGUGCGCGGCCGCGCCAAGGCGCGCGUGGAGCAGGCCAUGCGGGAAUACGAGGAGCAGGAGCGGCGGCGAGCGCUCAUUCCCGGCGGCCUCGAUCCCAUCGAGGUCUACGAGUCCCUCCCACCCGAGCUGCAGAAGUGCUUCGACGUCAAGGACGUGCUCAUGCUGCAGGACGCCAUCAGCAAGAUGGACCCCACG